AUGAAAACAACACUAACUCCUUUGCUGUUAGUCCUGGCUGUGGCCUGCACCGUCCUGUGUGUUAAGGAGGAUCCUUCUGUUCUCCAGCCAGAGCCAACACCUGAAGCCCGGUCCCGCUUUGCUGCUCUGGACGACGUGCGUCUCCUGGCGAACGGUCUCCUCCAACUGGGUCAGAGCCUGCGGGAGUUUGUGCAGAAAACAAAGGGUCAGAUAAAUGACAUCGUCCAGAAACUCAACAUCUUUGACCGCUCCUUCUACCAGCUGUCAGUAAUGGCCAGUGAGAUUAAAGAAGAAGAAGAAGAGCUGAAGAAGACAACGGUGGUGCUGAAAGCCAACAAUGAAGAGAUUAUGGACCUGUCCUUUCAGAUCAGUUCCAAAAUGGACAACAUCCUGCAGGAGAAGAGUCAACUGCAGAACAAAGUGGAGGGUCUGGAGGAGAAGCUGAGCAGUUUGUCCCAGGGUCUGGUAACGAGCGACCAAGUGGCAGAGAUCAACAGCCUCAGGGAUGUGAUCCACAGCCAGGAGCAGAGCAUCAUGGAGCUGCUGAAGGCUGUGAGGGAACAGAGUGACCAGCUCAACCAUCAGAGGACUCAGAUCAAGAUGCUGGAGGAAAAGGUUAUAGCCAGCACACACCAGCAGGAAACCAUUGAGAAGGUGCCUGAAAUGUUCAACGCUGAAGCCCCGACACUCACCACUUAUCUGACCUCACACUCCACCAACAGCACUGAAAUGAUGAAUCUGCCAUCAGACUGCAGUGAACUGUUCAACAGAGGGGAGCGAGUCACCGGGGUCUACGUCAUCAGACCCAACAGAUCGCAGCCCUUCAUGGCCUUUUGUGACAUGAGUAAAGACCAAGGAGCAACAGUCAUCCAGAGAAGAAGGGAUGGUUCUGUGAAUUUUGAUCAAAACUGGGACAAAUAUGUAGAUGGAUUUGGGGAUUUUAAAGGAGAGUUUUGGCUCGGCCUCAGGAAGAUUCACUCCCUCGCUGCUCAGGGCAACUCUGUCCUUCACAUCCAGCUGGAAGAUUGGAAACAGAGCAGGCGUUUUAUUGAAUACAGAUUUUAUCUCGAUGGCCCUGAGAGCAACUAUACCAUUCAUCUCACACAUCUAUCUGGAGAUCUGCCCGACCCCAUGAGUAACCACACAGGCAUGAUGUUCUCCACCAAGGACAAGGACAAUGACAACCACCAGGACGACAACUGUGCCCAAAACUACACAGGUGGUUGGUGGUUCAACGCUUGUGGAGAAACCAACCUGAAUGGCAGAUACUUCCACAUGAAACCAAAGGGUCGCUCAGAACGCCGUAGAGGGAUCCAGUGGAGGCAGGGCCGAAAGGCGGCCUACUCCCUCAGAUUCACCCAGAUAUCUGUGCAGCCUCUGGCUUCAGGCAGCGCUGCCUCCUCCACAUCAGCUUCCAGCGAGGCAGGGCUCUUCGUCUGAGACAGCAUCCAAAGCCUUCAGUGAAAACGGUCUGAACAAACCAGCGUUAAACAGCAACCUCUUCUGGAGCACCUGGGUAAUGGAGGCACAGUUACAGUAGAUACAGGACACAAAGAUGGAUCAACUGUGUCUAAAAAAGAGAAACAAUAUGCUACUUCAUAUUGUAUUAGGCUGGGAUAGUCGGAGAUAGAAAAAGGUAGAAAUGCAUGCAGUGUAUAUUCAACAAAGAGGUGUUUUAUCAGAUUUUCAUACCUGGGUUAAAAUGUAUUUCCACUUGCAAUACCUCAGGAGUCACAGGUUAUAAGUUAAAAAAAAAAAAAAAAUGUAAUUCCUUAACAGCUCUCAUAAUGAGUCAUGUUGACUCUUGCACACCAUGCAUCUUUUCUUUACACACUGAUAAAUAUAUUGUAUUAUAUUUAACAUUAACUUCAUGUAUUAUGUCUGUUAUAUGUUACUAUAUAUUAGACUUGAUUAGGCAUGAACAUCCCAACCUAACGAUGUGAUUUAACACUUUGUUCUUUCAUUAAACCCAAACUUAAAAAGACAAAUUACACAAUGUCCUACGUCAGGCGCUGACAUCAUUGGACUUUCUGUGUAAACAAAGAUUCGACCUUGAGUAAUGUUAUGUCAGGACGAAAAACAUCAAAGUUCCACUGUGUUUUGAGGCAGGAUCUUGUAAAAGGAAUCGACGUGUGUGUUACCACAUACUGAAAUCUUCUAAAUGUUGCAAUUAGAAGGUGUUUGACUUUAUUUUUUUUUGUACUGU